AUGUUUGGAUGUACCUUUUGGAUCCGAGAUCACCGAAUAAGCACAGACACAUCCAAAAAGACCCAGCACACUGCCGAAAGCAAGAGGGACGAGAAGCGGGUUAGAGUGGUCCACGCUGACAAGCUCAAGGAGAAAUGCCGACUAGAUCGCCAGGGAUGCGUGCUGUUCGCCAUGCUUGCAGGUGGCGACUACAACGUAGGAGGCCUUCUGAAAUGCGGUGCUGACAAUGCCCUGAAAGCAGCUCAAGCGAGUCUUGGUCGCAGCCUCUGCAGCAGACAAAGCCAAGAGGAGUGUAGCAAAUGGGGUGCUGUUACCCUCAGUAACUUCUUCAAGAGAACAGCGCCGGGAAUCACUGUCCCUCCAAACUUUCCACGAUACGAGCUUCUACAGUUCUACAACCAACCCAAAGUACAUUCGGAUGACUGGCUCCGGGACCAUGCUAGAGAGAACAUGGACUACGACCAUCCACCUCGUGAGACACAUCUGUUCCUCAAAGCGUGUCCGCCAAUCAACAUGUUCUGGAAAAAGUACCUCAACCACGUUGGCCCCAUACUACUCUCUCGCAUCCUUGCAGCGUGGGACGAGCCAUUGCCUGGAACGACUCCGUAUGGCCUCACUCUCGUGAACACACGACAGACGGCUGCAGCGGCUCCACCAUCUCAGGCCCCGCUAGAGCGGAAGGUCAAAUUCAGAGCGUUCGAUGUGACAGAACUGAAGGUACAGAACUUGGCCGCAUACGUAACACAAAGGGACAAGCCGAUACCAGAUAUCAACGAAGCACCCGGCCAUGUUGUCACUUACGAAAUGCCAGCAUUUCUCUUGCGCAAGGUCUUGCCGAUUCCCACACCGACGGUAACGGAGCCCAGUGGAACAGAACAUCCACCGAAGCGAAAGCAUUCACUCUCUGAUGAGCAAAAUACGAGUUUUCCAGUCUCAGCAAAGAAGUUGCGCCAGCCUGCCAAAUCGGCGACUCCUGUCGCACAGCCUCUUGUUACGUUUCCAGGUAAAUCCGCAUCUUCUCCGAUGCAGAGUAGCGCUCUGGUCACACCUUCAAAGCACUCACUCCAACAUUCACCCUUGGGUUCCACCACAUCCCCCGCCACACCCGUAAACCUGUCAGAUGACGGCCUGCGCAGACCUCAGCCGCGAGGACCUAGACAAAGUCCGAGUGAACGGUUCGCACUCUUGCUUCGGAGCGUCAAGAAAGAGUGA